AUGGAGAUAAGUAAAACAAGAGAUAAUGUGAAAAGCUUAAUAAAGACAUGUGAAGAAAAAAUCAAAGUAAAAAUAAAAGAAAAUAAGAGUUCUGAUAUUACUCAAAAAAAGUUAAACGAAGAAAGUUUUUCACAUGCAUCACCAAAAAAUAUAAUAAACAAUAAAAGCAAUUGCAAUGAUAAUCUUAUUAAAAAAAAUAAAAUAAAAAAAAUGAAAAGCAAAAAUGAAUUUACUGAUACUAAAGAAAACAAUAUAAUUAAAAAUCUAAAUAAUACACAUGUCAUUGAAAAUACUCAUGAUGAUAAUAAUUACAAUAAAAUUAAAAUAUAUCAUAAAAAUGAUUCUGACUAUAACAAUAGUCAUGAACUUAACAAAACAGAAACUCCUUCAAUGCAUCAAGAAAAAAUUAAAAAAAAUCCCAGUAAUGAUUAUUUUAAAUAUAAAAAAGGAAGUGAAGAUAAUAUGUGCCCAAAUACAAAAAAAAAAAACAGUAUUUUAAAUAUAGAAAAUAAUAAAAAUUUUGAUAAAUUAAAUUAUAAAUUGCAGGAUACUAACGAAAAAUUAAAAAAUAAUGUCAUUGAAAAUUUUACGAAUGAAAAUUCUAAUAGUUAUAUUGGAAAUAUAAUUUUAAAUGAUUCGGAUAAUAAGGGAAAUUCAAAUACGUGUUCUUUGUUUAAUAAUUUAGAUAUUCUUUUAUCGGAUAAUAGUAAUAUUAUAGUAAAUAAUUCCAUUAAUUUAAAUAAAGUUGAGGAUAAUAAAGACGCAUAUCCAAAACUAACACAAAAGAACACCAAUUUUGGUAAUUCAUUUUAUAAUAAAAAUGAAGAUACCCUUAAUAAUAAUGAUAUUGGCAACAUUAACAUAUGUCAAAAUUACAAUAAUGAUAAAAAUAACUUAAAUAUUAGAAACGUUAUUUAUGAUAAUAAAAAUGAAAAUAUAAUUAAAUUGUCACCUUAUAUAAUUGAAAAUUCUUUUAAAAGAACGAAUGAAUGUGUAAUGGACCAUCCACUCAGUAGUUUAAAUAAUGAUAGUAUUAUUAAAAAGGAAAAUUUUCAUUCAUCUGAUGAUUUUAAAAAAAAUGAAAAAAUAACUGUAAAUUGUGAUAAUAUAGAAACUGUACCAGAAAUAUGUAAAAAUUACAAUGAAUGUAUAAAAAAUGAAAUAGAAUAUCCUACCUGUGAUAAUGAUAACGCAAAAAAUAAAAAAAAUAGUAUAAUUAAAAAAGAAGUAUUUCAUAAGAUGAGUUUAAGAAAUAGUAAUAAACAGAAAUUAGAAAAAAUAAAUGAAGAUAUGGAAACGAUGUGUGAAUAUAAGGAAAAAAAAAAAAAUAAUUUAAAAAAAAAUAAUACAAUUAGUUACUUAAAUAAUGGAAAGAUUACUAAUUCAAAUGUAGAAAUGAUAAACUUAGAAAAAGUAGGUGUAUCUACUUUAUAUGAAAAAGAAAAUAAAAUUAAAAAUUACACAAAUAAAAAUCAUAUUGAGAAUAUCAAUGUGACUCAUGAAAGGGAAAAAACAAAAGAACAUUGUGAUUACAACACAUUAGAAGAUAAUAAAAUGAUAUCAAUCAAAGAAAAGGAGAAUACUUUUCAUAAUAAUACAAUAAUUAAUAAUGAUGUGGAUACUUGUGUUAAUGAAAAUCUUGGCAUGAAUUGUAACAAGGAUUUUGAUAAUAAUCAUAAUGAAAUAAAAGUCGAAAAUAAUUUAUUAAUAAUAAAUAAUUAUAAUCAAAAAAAUAACAAUGAAACAAAUGAUUUCAAUAAUGAUAAUAAUAAUAAUAAAUGUAAAAAUAAGAAUAAUGAAACAAUUAUAAAAAAUAAUGAAAUUUUAACUAGUGAUAGCAAUAUGGAUAUUAAAGGAAAAGAUUCUGAUAAACUAAGUGAUAAAAAAUGUUAUAUAAAAAAUAUAUUAAGUUCUUAUGAUUCAAAAGAAACAGAAUCAUUUGAUCUUGAAAAAUUGAAGCAUUUAAUAAUAUUUAGAGAAAAUGCGGAAAAAUAUAUACAAAGUUAUAUAAAUUCAUUUUUAAAGGAUUUUAAUAUUAUGUCUUCCUAUUUACCAUAUGUUCAUUAUUAUGAUCAAGAUAUAUAUGAAGAAAAAAAAAAUAACAUUUUUAAAAUUUUAUCUUACUUUAUAGAUUCCUUUAAAGAUAAUGAAAAAAUCAAAGGAAAAAUAUGUUCCUUCCAAAAGAACUUUUUGAAUGCUACAAUAAAUGAAAAAAUAAAAUAUAUUGAUAAGUUUCAAUUUUUAAAAUUAUCAGAAAUUGGAACAGACAUUUUUAAAACCAAAUUUUUUAAAUUACUAAAAAAAUAUGCAGAAAAAGAAAAAAAAAAAAAAAAAAAAAUCUAUUGUAAAUUAAAAAUAUUUAAUAAAAUUAUCAAAAAAAAUUAUAAAUUAAAAGAGAAAUUUGCGGAAAACAAUUUAUUACAAUUAGAAUUAGAUGAUUUAAAUAUAAUAAUAAAUGGAAAAAAAAAAAAAGAAAGUUCUGAUAAUGUUCUAAUUGAUGAUAAGACCUAUUUUGAAAAAAUAGAUAGGAAUAAAAAUUUUUUAGAAACAAAUAAUGAAUUUCAUGAUACUUUAAUUAAUUAUAAUGUAAAUAAUAAUACCUUAAAUGAAAAUAUUGCAGAUAUUAACGUUUUAAAUUAUGAAAUAAUUAAUUCAAAUGAAGAGAAAAAGAAUGAUAUAUGUCGAAGUGAGAUAUCAGAAUGUAACAAAGUAGAUUAUCGUAUUCCUUAUAGUCAAAAAUACAUCUUCAAAUAUUUAAAUUUAUUAAUUGAAAAUAAAUUAUUUAAUUUAAUUUAUUCAAAUAAUUCUAAAUAUACCCAAAAUAUUCAUAUUAAAGAUAACAAUAUAAAUCUUUAUAAUAGGAUAGUCAUUAAUAGUAUUCCUUUUUAUAAAGAUGAAAUAAAAGAAUUAUGUUCAAUUCUUAUUAUGCAUUCUCUUAUGAAUAAGUCAUUACAUCUUAUACAACCAACUCUAAGUUGGAAUGCGAACAACCAUUUACAUAGAAAAAGAUGCUUGGAUGAUUUAUAUAAUGAUAAUGAGGAUGAAAAUUCAAAUAGAUUUGUUAGAAAUCGUAUGAUAGAAAUUGAAAAAAGUUUUAGCAAAAUAAUUAAUGGGAAAACUAAGAAAAAAAAAAGUUUAUUUUACUCCUUUGUUCAUGAAAAUGAAAAGUUAAAUUUACAUAAGAAUAGUGAAGAGGAAAUAGAAAAAGAUAUAGAUAUAUUUAUCGAUAAUAUAUUAGUUGGUGAUAAUUCUAAUAAAAAUAUUGAAUAUAAUACUCAAAAUAAUGAAAAUAGAGAAUGUGGAAAAUUUUGUAUAUCUAAAAAUUCUAAAGAGUAUGUAAAAUAUAAUAGCAAUAUAGAAUCACAAAAAAAAGAAGAAUUAGAGAAAAAAAGAGAAUUGUCGAAAAAAGAAAAAGACAAAAAAUUAAGUGAAGAUGAAAAAAAGAAAGAACAAAAUCAAGAAAAAGAAAAGGAGAAAAAAGUAAUAGAAUUAGAAAUAGAGAAAAAAAAGGAAUAUAAAGAAAAGGGAACAGAACAAAAUAUAGAACAAGAACAACCUGAACAGUUACAACCUCUAAGAGAACAAAAUUCUCAAGAAGAAAAAAAAGAAAAAUAUAAAGUAAGAGAAAGAAAAAAGAGAAAAAAUAAUAAAUUUAAAUUAUCAAAUGAUUUACAGGAUAUAUAUGAUGCAUAUAAUAAUGGGGAACAAAUAAUUAUAGCUAAAAAUAAAAAUAAAUUAUUGAACAAUUUAGAAAAAUAUAAUAAUUUUAACUAUCUAUCAAAACAAACAUUAUUUGAUAUCUAUGAUGAAAUGCAAAAUAAUAAUAAACAAAAUAUUCAUAAUUUAAAUGUCAGUGGUAUUACUGAACAUUUAAGAAAUGUUAAUUUAUUGCAAAAUAACUAUUUAUGUAAAAAUAUGAAUACUACAAGUAUUGUAAAUAAAAAUAACAAUAUAAAUUGCUUAAAUUCCAGUUCUUUAUAUAAAUAUAUAUGCAGUAGAAGUAAUUCAUAUAUUAAUAGUAAUUUAUUACAAAAGUCUAGAUACGAUCAGAAGAAUGGAGAAGAUGAAUAUUAUGAAAAUAAUGUAAAUUCAAAAAAUAAUGACUAUAAUAAAUAUACGAGUAAAUUAAAUAAUUUAAGUAGUAAUGAAAGGAGCACUUUUAUAUCAAAUAAUUCUAGUAAUAGUUUUAUAAAAAAUGAUAGUUUAAAAAAUAUAUACUCUGAUUAUCAUAUUGAUAAUGGAUAUAUGAAUCAAAAUGUAAUACAUGAACGAAUUAAAUUUUUAAAUGAUAUAGGUUUUAAAAAAGAAAAAUAUUCUAAAAACAAUUUAAGGAGCAUUCCUUAUUGUGCAGAAAAGAAUAAUAAUAAUUUUUUUAUAUGUCAACUGAGAAAUAAUAUCAGAAAUAAUAUACCAUUGAACAGUUUUACGAAUAGUUUUGAUAAUAGUACCUAUAAUUUAUAUAACUCAAUGAGUAAUCCAUUUUUAUUUGAAAAAAUUCAAAAGGAAAAUAGUUUGAGCAAUCAAAAUAUGUCAACAAAUUUUACAAUGGCAAAUAACUCCUUAGGUAGUAUAAAUUUGCAUGCACAUCUAAUUGAUAGAAAUGAGUUGAACAGAAUUACUAAUUUUUUUAACUGUGAUAAAAAUAUGCAAAAUUUAAAUAAUACAUCAAAUGGAUUGUAUAUGCAUUUAAAUAAACAAAUAAAUGAUACUUAUAUGAAUAAUAUUACAAGCAAUAAUAAUGAUAAUUUUAAUAAAAUAAAAAAUGAAAGUGUAAAUAAUAAAAUAAUAAAUAAGGAAAUAUUUACAGAUAAUAUUGGUUUAUUUAAUGGAUGUAAAAAUAGUAACAUAGUUGAUUAUAAAAUGAGUACUUCAGAACAAAAUAAGAAGUAUGUCACAAUUAAUAAUAACAUUAAUAAUAAAAAAAAUAAUAACAUUAAUGAUAAUAAUAAUAAUAAUGAUAAUAAUAAUAAUAAUAAUAAUAAUAAUAAUAAUAAUAAUAAUAAUAAUAAUAAUAAUAAUAAUAAUAAUAAUAAUAAUAGUAAUAAUAAUAAUAACGAUGAUAAUAAUAAUAAUAAUGAUAAUAAUGAUAAUAAUAAUAGUAAUAAUAAUAAUAACGAUGAUAAUAAUAAUAAUAAUGAUAAUAAUAAUAGUAAUAAUAAUAGUAAUAAUAAUAAUAGUAAUAAUAAUGAUAAUAAUAGUAAUAAUAGUAAUAAUAAUAAUAAUAAUAGUAAUAAUAAUAAUAAUAAUAAUAGUAAUAAUAAUAGUAACUAUGAUAAUAAUAAUAAUAAUAAUAAUAAUAGUAAUAAUGAUGUUGUUAAUAGUAGAAACAACAAUGAUCCUAGUAAUAACAGUGAUAUUAAUCAUAAUAAUAAUAAUGAUUAUAAUAAUGGAAAUAAUAAUAAUUAUAAUAACAACUAUAAUAAUAAUUUUAAUAACUACGAAAGCCAUGUAACUAUGAAUGAGAGAAACAAUAUAAACAAGGAUUUAAUAUACAAUAGAAAUAAAAAUAUAUUAAAUAAUUGUAUUAGUGAAAAUGAAUUAAAUACUGACUUAAACGAAAACGUUAUAAAAAAUAACAUAAACAAAGACACUAAUGGAUCAGGAGAAACAAACAAAAAUUUACAUAAAAAUAAUGAAGUUAUAAGUAAUUCCAAUAAUAACAGCAAAAACAUAAAUAUGCUGAUGGAUACAAAUAUAAAUGACUUUUUCGAUAUGAACAAAAAAAAUGAAAACAUUAAUUAUAACAAUAAUGUAAAUAGAAAUGAAAACAACAAGAAUAAUUUUAAUUUUCAGGAAAAUAAUUUAUAUAAUUAUCCCAUUAAAAGUUUUGACAAUGGUUUAGGAAACAAUAAAUUUUUAGAAGAUAAUAUAGUAAGAAAAGAAUUAAUGAAUGAGAAUAAAUUGAGAUGUGAUAUGGGUAAUUUUGAUAAUAAUAAAAAUUCACAAAAUGCUAAUAUCUCGAAUAUAAACAUAUCAAAUAUUAAUUUAAUAAAUAAUAAUAAUAUAAGAGAAUUUGAUAAGAAUACUGAUAGUAUAAAAACAAAUGCAAUUAAUUCAUAUAAUAAUAUUGAUCUAAAUGUAAAUAAUAAUGAUUCAUUAAAAAAUUUCAAUUAUACAAUUCCUUUUUUAUAUAUGAAUAAUUUAAAUAAUGUUAUGGAAUAUACAAAUAACAACAGUAUCAAUAAUAAUAAUAUGACUUUAUUACCUCCUUACGCAAAUAAAAACCAAAUUAAUAAUAUGUUUUAUUUAAAUAAUCCGGAAUGUGUCAACAAAUAUAAUAUAAAUAUGAUGAAUAAUAUGAUAAAACAUUCCAAUAUAUGCUAUGAAAAUUUUAAAUUAAACGAAAAAAAUUGUAAUAUAAUAAAUAAUUACAAUUGUUUUAAUAUAAAUGGAUUAAUGCCAUAUAAUAACAUAAACAAUGAUAUAAAAAGAUAUAUGAGCCCAGGAAAAAAAAAUAACAUAAAUAUAUAUAAUUAUAGAAUAAAUGAGAAAGAUAAUACAGAAGUAACUAAUGAAUUAAUUGAUUUGAAUCCUAAUAACAUAAUAGACCAAUUUAAUUAUUUAAAUAAUUAUACAAACAAUAAUUAUACAAAUGGAUGUAAUUUCAUAAAUUUUGAUAACGUUAGAAAUAAUAUGAAUAUGAAUAUGUAUAUGAAUAUAAAUGAUUAUGGCAAAACCUUUAGUGAAGUAGAUCCUAAUUCCAAUAUGCCAAUGAAGAAUUAUAAAAAAAAAGAUAAGAUAAAAAAAGAAAAAAAAAAUUCUAAUGCAAACAAAGAAUCUUGCACCUUAAGCACAAGUAAAAAAAAAAGAUUUGGGAAUAAUGGUCCACCAAGUGCUGAAAAAUUAAAUGAGUUACUUCACGAGCAAAAUUUAUCAGUACCACAGAUAGCUGCCAUUUAUGGCGUUCAUAGAACAACAGUAGCAAGGUGGUGCCAUAAUAGAAAAAUUAUUCAAAAAUCUAACCAUUACCAAGGAAGAAGAAGAGCUUCUACUAAAAUAAAUAAUAAUUAUAUUUAA